AUGGAAAGCUUGAAAAGCCCUGUAGGCACCCACUGUGUAGGCUAUGCCUACAAUCUAGCCGGUUUCCUUCUUGCAGCUGGGGAAAAGGUAAUUUUCUUCCAUGUGAACGGUAAUCGCUUUGCAAUGCCUCUUUCAAGAGUUGCUCUGCAGUCUCCAGCCAGAGCAGCUCGUGGUCUGGCUGAUGAUAUCCGAAAUGAAGCAAAUGAGCUUCUUAGAAUUAUAGAUUACCUUUUUAAUGAGCUAGCUAUUAACACAGGCCAGUCUGUUGAGAAGAUUAACAAGGACUUAAGUAGGAUGAAACGUUUCAAUGCUCAACAAGCUCUUGAAUAUGGACUCAUUGAUCGUAUUGUCAGACCUCCACGUAUCAAGGCAGACGCACCUCGCAAAGAUGCAGGAGCAGGCCUCGGUUAG